AUGGAUCAACUUCCAAAAUGUGAUGCAAAUUAUGCUCCUCUCACCCCCAUAACUUUCUUGAAGAGAGCUAGCGUUGUUUAUGCCAACCGCACCUCUGUUGUCUAUGAGGGCACCCGCUUCACUUGGAGCCAAACUUAUGAACGUUGCUGCCGCCUCGCCGAUUCCCUCCGGUCCCUUAACGUCGGAAAAAACGAUGUCGUGUCUGUGUUGGCUCCAAACAUUCCAGCAGUAUAUGAGAUGCAUUUUGCUGUGCCUAUGGCUGGAGCGAUUCUCAACACUAUUAACACAAGACUAGAUGCCAAGAACAUAGCCACCAUUAUUAGCCACUCAGGAGCUAAGGUUUUGUUCGUGGAUUGUCAAUACAAGGAGUUAGCAAGUGAGGCCCUUAGCUUACUGAAUGGUACUGUACCAUCAAUCAUUGCUGUUAUCGAUGAUGUUGACACUCCCACCGGUGUCCGAUUCGGCCAGUUGGAGUAUGAACAACUUGUCCAAAGGGGCAGUCCAGGAUACACCGGCGAGCUAAUUCAAGAUGAAUGGGAUCCUAUUGCCUUGAAUUAUACAUCAGGAACAACAUCUGCUCCAAAAGGAGUUGUUUAUAGCCACAGGGGAGCUUAUCUUAGCACUCUUAGCCUGAUUCUUGGCUGGGAAAUGGGAAGUGCACCUGUUUAUUUAUGGUCUCUCCCUAUGUUCCAUUGCAAUGGCUGGACCUUCACUUGGGGUGUCGCCGCACGCGGCGGAACCAACGUUUGCCUGCGCAACACCAGUGCUAAAGACAUGUACAGGAACAUCGCUGACCAUAAGGUGACUCACAUGUGUUGUGCACCAAUUGUCUUCAACAUUCUGCUUGAGGCCAAACCUCAUGAGCGCCGCCAACUCGCUUCUCGGGUUGAAAUACUCACCGGAGGGGCACCCCCACCAGCCUCGUUGCUUGAAAAGAUCGAGGCUCUCGGAUUCCACGUGACGCACGCUUAUGGUCUCACCGAGGCUACUGGGCCAGCACUUGUGUGUGAAUGGCAAACCAAGUGGAACAAGCUUCCACAGCAGGAUCAGGCAAAACUCAAGGCAAGGCAAGGGAUUAGCAUCCUGACGCUUGCUGAUGCAGACGUUAAGGAUUUGGACACCAUGGUUAGUGUGCCUCGAGAUGGCAAGACAAUGGGGGAGAUCGUCCUGAGAGGAAGCAGCAUAAUGAAAGGUUACUUCAAGGAUACUGAGGCAACUUCCAAGGCCUUCAGGAAUGGAUGGUUCGUCACUGGAGAUGUUGGUGUCAUACAUCCCGACGGGUACCUGGAAAUUAAGGACAGGUCAAAAGAUGUGAUUAUUUCUGGAGGGGAAAAUAUCAGCAGUGUAGAAUUGGAGUCUGUACUCUACAGACAUCCAAGAGUCCUGGAAGCAGCUGUGGUGGCAAUGCCACAUCCAAAAUGGGGAGAAAGUCCUUGUGCAUUCAUCUCGGUGAAAAAGAAUUCCAAGGGCGAAACAAAUGACGUUAAAGAAUCUGAAAUCGUUGCUUACUGCAGGAAAAAUCUUCCCCAUUUUAUGGUUCCAAAGAGGGUGGAAUUCAUGGCUGAGUUGCCAAAAACUUCGACAGGAAAAAUUCAGAAAUUCCAGUUAAGGGAAUUGGCACAAAAAUUUGUUGCCAAUGAGAAGGUGCCUAGCAAGAAAACUACUGGAAGCAGUCACCCUUCAGCUUCUGGUACGCAAGUGCCAGCAUAUGCUCAUGCUCAGGAACAAGUUCUUGCUCUGUCUCGUCUUUGA